AUGAAAGUCGGCCCUCCUAGUACUGCUCCAUUCCCAGAAGUGAAUGGUGUAAAUUUUUGCCCUGCUCCAUUCCAAAAAGUGAAUGCUGCAAAUUUUUGCCCAACUUGGCGUGAAAGAAGUUCUAACCCCAGUCGUGGUCGAGGUCGUGGUCAUGGAAGAUAUUUUAAUCUAAGUUAUCGACUUGCAAUAUAUAAUAACCUUCAGCACCAACAGUACAAAAAGAAGGGAGGAGCUCCUGAAGUAUCCCCAAGGUCGAACUCUGAUAAUAAAUGUCAUCGAUGUGGAGGAAAGAGACACUGGGCGCAUACUUGUUGUACGCCUAAGCAUCUGGUAAAACUUUAUCAGGCGUCCCUUAAGAAAGCAGAAAAUGAUAUUGAAACAAACUUCCUCCUUGAAGAUAAUAUUGAGCCCAUGGACUUGGAUGUUUCAGAUUUUGUUAUAGUUCCUGAAGAACAAGUAAAUCACCCUGUAGGUGAUACUAAUAAUAUAAUCUGA